AAAAUGCUGAAAAUCCAGUCUUGGACGACACUAGUCGCGGGUUCUUUCCGUCCGCAAUGAUUCUGUGGACUCAGAGAAAGUAGUGCUGAAGAUUGAUGCUGAGUGGAUUACGUUAGUGGAUUUUAAGAUUUAAAUACGCUUAGGCCCGUCAGCCAACAAAAUUUAACGCUAAUCAUGCCUAGUCAGCAAAUAACCCUCAUUACAAUGAUCCUUCUGGGAAGUUGCGCUUGUGCAGCCGCACUAACUGAACUAGGAAACCCAGGAAAUGUGAUAGGUCGGAUGCGGGGCAAUAUCUUUAGAAAUUUGACGAAAACCCAGCAGUACGAGAACAAUAUUGUAACCAGUCGCCUAGAUUCAUCAGCUCAAAUUAGAAAACUCUACAGAAAUUUCCGCGAGCUCUACAGUCGAUUACUGGGAGGCACUGGACAACGGACAAGCGGCGAUUUUCUACAGAAGCGAAUACCAAACAAUAUACCAUUCCCGUGCCGCGGUGAAGGAUAUCGUAGCCGAACAAUACCGACUAGUGUCCAUCAAUUACGUCCAGGCGACAUUGAUAUCGUAGCUGCGAUGGGGGACUCCCUGACGGCCGCCACGGCCGCCAAUUCGAGGACAUUGCUGGAAGUUUUGGUGGAAAACAGAGGUGUUUCAUGGUCUAUCGGUGGUCAGGGAACAUGGCGCUCCCAUUUAACCCUACCAAAUAUAUUGAAGGUUUUCAAUCCAAAGCUGUUUGGAUACUCACUUAGCGAUGCAUACAACGUUCAUCGCUCGGCACAAUUUAAUGUGGCUGAAAAUAUUGCAGCGACCAGCGAUAUGCCCUACAACGCCGAGAAAUUGGUCAAACGAAUGAAGUUGGAUGCCAGGGUGGAUAUGCAAAACCACUGGAAGCUGCUCACUUUGAUGAUAGGCGGGAACGACUUCUGCUCGGAUAUUUGCUACCAGACGAACGCUACUCUGUGGAUGAACGAGAGUCAGGAACGGAAUUUAAUUAAGACGUUACGAUAUUUGCGUGAUAAUAUGCCCAGAACACUAGUCAACCUGGUCCCAACGCCCUUAGUCAACCUCAUGUUUUCCUUAUACGAAAUGAAAGUGCCGUUUACGUGUUCACUUUCACUUCCCAUUGAAUGUUCAUGUUUAUUUGGCCCAAAAUAUUCGAGUCAUCGUAGCCUAUACCGCCAAAAAGAAAGAAAUUUCGCUAAAAUAAUGGAAAAUGUUAGCUUCCUUCCUGAGUUCACUACUGACAAUUUUGCCGUAGUCUACCAGCCAUCUCUAAAGGAUUCUUCUGUGUUUUACAACAAGGGAAAAGCUGAUCUAAAAAUAAUGGCUGCCGAUUGUCUGCAUCUGAGUCAGAAAGGACACGCUGUUUCAGCAAACGCACUGUGGAAUAAUAUGAUGCAACGUGUUGGACAGAAGAGUUCAGGAUUGUUACCUUUGUUCAAGGAGUUCAGAUGUCCCACAAAGACUCAGCCGUAUAUUUUGACGAAUCGAAAUAGUGGACGAUCUAGGCGAUGAGAGAUUUUUGUUGUUAGAUAAUAAGAAGAUA